AAAUACUCCUCCUCGGAACAAACCAAAUAAUCUCAAUUUCUUCUCGAGAAUUAAGAAACCCCUGUAAUCAGGAAAUAACGUAUGGAUAUGGAAAAGAAGAUAAAAAUUGGACCGACGGGGACGAACGAUCCAGACAACCACUUGCUAAUGAAUUGGGACGAUGGCGGCCGUGGCGAUAUAUCCUACAUAUUUCUGUCCUUUAACGACACCGGAAUUAUCUCCAUCCAGUUCCAAUACGUGAAAGAUGGGAAACCUUUCUUAACCGAUCGAUACGGUUCCGGUUAUACCGCUGACACAUUUGAGACCAUCGAGUUGAAAUAUCCGGAGGAGUAUCUGACGAGGAUCGGAGGUGAAUAUUCGAGCGAGCUCGUGCAGCAGUACGGAUCGUUCAAAGACCCGCACGUGAGGAUGAUAAAAUUCUCGACCAACUUGGCCGAGUACGGACCGUACGGUGGCAGACGAGGUUACUCCCAGAAGGGAUUCGCGUUCGGACUUGGCAAAUCCCCUCGUCAGUUCGGUGGAUUUCAUGGGUCAUAUGACUCCAGAGGUCUCCAUUCCAUCGGCGUCUAUCUCUUCCCCAAAACUCCAUGGGAGGAAAGUGAUAUUACUUUGGGCUGAAGUCAUAUCAUAUCGUGUCAUGUUUACUGUAUUUACACAUCUUUUAUAUAUCAUAAUGAAAUGAAAGCAUUGUUCUAUAUCUUCCA